AGUAAUUUACAUUUUUCAACCAAAGAUGUCGACAAUGAUCUUUAUGACCCUGACAAUUGCGCUGUUUUACUCAGUGGAGCAUGGUGGUACCAUUCCUGCAGUUGGGCCAAUCUAAAUGGUUUGUAUCGUCGAGGAUCUUACAACACCAGCUACUUGCCCCACGGAGUAAAAUGGGUCAUGUUUAGAGGACAGUAUUAUUCUUUGAAACGCACUGUGAAUGGAAGCGUGAUAAAAGAAAUGCAAGUUGAUUCAGAGGGUGCGUGUAGGCGUCAAUGUGUCAUUGACGAGCAAUGCCGCUCUUACAACUUUGGACUCAAGAAGCAUAAAGCUGGGAAUUUCCUGUGUCAGUUAAAUGGUUGCGAUAGAUUUGUUGGUUUUGGUAACUUUACAAAAGAUGACAAUUUCAAGUACAGAGGAAUGGAGGUAAUUAACCAUCAAAAGAGAAAUACCUAGUUAAGGUGUUUCGAUAUAGUUUUUCAAAAGCCAUACCGAUAUUUUUCAAUCGCUUUAAAAGCGACUUUAUCCUUGUCUGAUAGCUAUAAAAGUUGCACCAAUGAUUAACUAUAGAUUGAAAUUUGGCAAAAUGUAGGUUUUAGUAAAAUCGAUGUUACUAUGACAACAAUAAACAAAAAACUUUGAAAUAGAUAAAGCCGAAUUUUGAGCGAUCUAGACCAGCUACUGAAAAUCCAACACUAGGAACUUAAAGUUUGGUAAUUAGCAAAUAACCUCCGUGAGAAGUAAAAAAUUCUGAAUGUUUGAAUUCGAUUAAAACGAAAAUAUAGUUCAGACCUUAAAUUGUCAAUAGCCGUGAUAAAUUAUUUAAUAAAACGUUAUAAAUGACACAAAUUAAAUUAAAUUCUUAAGUAGCGUCAGAAUGUUGCUUAAUAUCAUAUUUCGAUGCCCGGAAAUUUUGGUGUAUUUUCGUUCUUGCAAUCACUUAAAAACUAACCCGUUUUCUCAACACCUGUCUAAGUGCAACUUCAUUCAAGAUUUGGACUUUUAGCACUUUUUUGUAUAUCUCUAAAACGACUCGAACUAAUUUUUUUAAAAUCUCUUCACAUAAUCUUCAUUAUUAUAUGGCCGAGUCUGUUUUCGCCAUGCGAUUGGUCAAUUUGCGGUCCGUAACUUGCUAUACGGACCAAAAUGUUUAAAGAAAAGGUUCAUUUCGGAGCUCUAAGUCUCUUUACCUCGGAAAAAAGAUUUAAAUAAAGUUAUAAGACGCCUGUCCACCUUGAAGACUUGGGUGUUGACUUUGGCCUUCAACAUUUUAAACUGUGUUUAUUUGUGAACAAAGGUGAUGAAGAAACAGAAACUCAUAACGGGUUGAACAACCCCUUAUGAGUUUCUGAAAGAAACUAACUGGUAAUCUUAUCGACGAAGAUUCUAGUCAGUGUUUGAAAAUUUUAUUGUAGUACACAGUUAAGAAGACGAAAAUUGACUGGCAGAGAUUCGAGAUGUUUUGGCUAAGAUAAAAUGAGUAAUUCCUUCAACAAAUAUGAUAACAAACAUACCUGCACCGAUCAUCUAGAGAAGCUUCUUUGCCAUUUUAUUUUAAAAAAAUUAGUUCGAGUCGUUUCAGAGAUAUACAAAAAAGCGCUAAAAGUCCAAAUUUUGAAUGAAGUUGCACCUAGACAGGUGGUGAGAAAACGGGUUAGUUUUUAAGAUCGCAAGAACGAAAAUACACCAAAAUUUCCGCGCAUCGAAAUAUGAUAUUAAACAGCAUUCUCACGCUACUUAAGAAUAAUUUGAGUCAUUUAUAACGUUUAUCAAAUAAUUUAUCACGACUAUUGACAAUUUAAGGUCUGAAAUAUAUUUUCGUUUUAAUCGAAUUCAAACAUGCAGAAUUUUUUACUUCUUACGGAGGUUAUUUGCUAAUUACCAAACUUUAAGUUCCUAGUGUUGGAUUUUCAGUAGCUGGUCUAGAUCACACAAAAUUCGGCUUUAUCAGUUUCAAAGUUUUUUGUUUAUUGUUGUCAUAGUAAUAUCGAUUUUACUUAAAUCUACGUUUUCACAAAUUUCAAUCCACAGCCAAUUACUGGUGAAAAUUUUAUAGCUAUCAGACCAGGAUAAAAUCACUUUAAAGGCGAUUGAAAAAUAUCGGUAUCGAAACACCUUAACAAUGGCAACAUGUAAAAUUUUUGCUAGUUAAAAAUAUUUUUUGUCAGAGUGUCUGCUAGUCUGAAAGCUUUUUAAUAUUCAACACUUUGACCGGUUUCAAACUUUCUUUGCAACAACUUCCAACAACGCGCAACAAUAUUCAACAGAGUGUGCAGACGGACGCAACAUAUAACAUCCAACAAUGUUGGGAGUUGUUGGCAAACAAUGUUGUGUCCGCUUGCACGGGGCUUUAGUUAUUUUCCUUGCCUUUAAAACAGAGUGUCUGCGAGUCUAGCAAGGAUGAUAGACAUGACACAAGCAAUUAUAGACCAAUCACUGUUUUACCUGUUGUGGAUAAAAUUUAUGAAAAGUUAUUGAGCAAACAAAUUACAAAUUUCAUGGA